AAUGGAAUAACAAGCUCAUUGUGCAUCUUAGGACAAGCUCAGGCAACCACCAUAUAUAUAUUUAGAGAGAGAGAGAGAGAGAGAGAGAAAUGGCUGCAACAUCAGCUCCAGUGGGCUCUCCCUUCUUGUCCGGUGGGAAAAGAAGCCAGACGUUGUUGUUGUCUGCAACCAUUGGAGCUAGAUCACUUGGUGGCGGUGUGGUGGCUCCUAAGAAGUUUGUUCUGCUGGCUGCUGCUCUUAAGAAGUCUUGGAUCCCUGCUGUCAAAGGUGGUGGCAGCUUCAUCAACCCCGAAUGGCUCGAUGACUCGCUACCAGGGGACUAUGGUUUUGACCCUCUGGGCCUGGGAAAGGACCCUGCAUUCCUCAAGUGGUACAGAGAGGCCGAGCUCAUCCAUGGCCGGUGGGCAAUGGCUGCGGUGGUCGGCAUCUUUGUUGGGCAAGCCUGGAGCGGAAUCCCUUGGUUUGAAGCCGGUGCUGACCCCAGCGCCAUUGCUCCCUUCUCCUUCGGCACCCUCCUCGGCACCCAACUCCUCCUCAUGGGAUGGGUAGAGAGCAAGAGAUGGGUUGAUUUCUUCAACCCAGAGUCGCAGUCUGUUGAGUGGGCCACCCCAUGGUCGAGAACGGCGGAGAAUUUUGCCAAUGCCACCGGUGACCAGGGAUACCCAGGCGGCAAAUUCUUUGACCCAUUGUGCCUGGCCGGGACAAUCGUCAAUGGAGUAUACGUUCCGGACACAGAGAAGCUGGAGAGGCUGAAGCUGGCUGAGAUUAAGCAUGCCAGGAUUGCUAUGUCGGCUAUGUUGAUUUUUUAUUUUGAGGCUGGACAAGGGAAGACACCUCUAGGAGCUCUUGGUUUGUAAAACUGGUCGAAGGUAUUAGAGAGAUUCACAAUCCUCAAAUUAUCUUUUCAAGAUGUGAGUAAUAUGUGAACAAUAUGUAAUACAUUGUGUAGUAACAUAUCUAGUAUUGCUUCAAAUCAUC